CCAAGACUGGGACAUAAUGUAGCAACAAACAAACAAAAAGACAAUUUAAUGCCUACGGUAUUUAUUAACAAUGGAUUAUUUGUGACGUUGGUUCCAAAUUAGAUCCAUGUGUAUUCUGAAGAGAUGACGUGCACUCUAACAUCACCGGAAUAGUUGACAGCGUUUGUCUUUAUCUGUGGUAGGCCUGCCGUUAUGUUUAGUAUUGACUGAAAACGUCACAGUCUUGUCUGCCGUUAUUACAAAUGGAAGUCCUACAGCUCUUGAAACAGAACCCAAGAUAUGUGGGGCAGUAUAGAGCCAAUACUCUAAAACCUGGAUACACAGGCUUUAUUCCUCAGCGGGCGUAUAGGUGUGGGUCCACUUAUGGAAAUGAUGCUGCAGAAUGUAUGCAUGCUUUUUGUGAAACCAAUAAAAAGGUGAUUCUGAAGAAUGCAGAACUGCGCCUUCAAAUCACAUCCUCACCCAAGCUGAAGCCAAUUGUUUCUGACCAAGAGGUGACACGGGCUAUACACAAUUACUGUGAACGGCGUGAAUUUUCUUUGAAAGUGUCUGAGAAAGAGAUGCUAGAGCCCCCGAAGAUCGGCUGGACAGGUUACAUCCCGAAAUCGAAAGUCACAGAGUUGGGUUUGGGUGAUUGCUACCACAUCAUGACUGGAAAAUGCUUCGAGGCUUUCAAGACUUCCAUCUCUGGGGACCCGCAGGCCUCUUCCAGGCCUCUGAACAAGAAUGAUUUCAUAGUCCAUGUAUCAGAGGGCCCAGAAAAAAGACUUUACAGACCUGAAGGGAUGUUGCCUCAUUACACUGGAUACAUACCACAUCAACCUUUCACCAUAGGAAAGACCUAUGGAAAUAUGUGCCGCAGUGCUUCAGUGUGUUUCCACCAGGACAAUUCCUAUGGACAAUACACAAGAAAAAAACAGGCUUUACAUUCAAAGCCCACUUCUGCAUAGCAUGCAACGCGACCCAGGCAAGAGUACUCUCAACCUCAAUAGAAGAGAAAACUGCUUCCGAAUAUUACUGUGGAUGUACCUAUUGCAUAUGCUUGUAGAUAUACCUGGAUAAUGAAUGUUAUAGUGCAAAACUUGAGUGGUAUGUUAAUGCUAUGUUUUAGGAUUGGAAAAUCCAUUAACCAAGAUCCUUAGUCACAAAAAUAGUAAAAAGAAUACUAUUGGUUAUUAUAUCAGGUGGAGGAUAUUUUUUUUUUGUAUUUUUGCAGGCUAUGCAAUUAAAAAGGAAUUUUUUGUAUGUGUUUAUUUGAUCUUUUGAACAGCCGUAACUUUUUUUUUCAGCAUUAAAUCUUCUGAAGCUAAAAUUCAACUAAAGAUACAAAUAUAAAAUGCGGAGAAAUGGUCACUUUGCUAGCAACAUGUCGUGUAUGAAAAUAGAAAAUUAGAGCUAUUGCAGCCUUGUAAUGCUUGUGUUUAUUCCAGAGAACAAGCAUGUUUGUGUUUGCCACACAUUGAAACCCAUUGCAUUUUUAAAAUAACAACUCAAUCUUGCAUUGUAUAGAACUGCAUUGACUAGUUUCACAGCGAGCCUGGCUGAGGGGCAGCCGUUCAUAAAAACCCAAAACUAAUUUGCACAGAGCAAUAUAAAUAGACACGUACCCGAGGGGACGUGUGUAGAAGUACGGGGAACCCUGGCCAACCCCGGCGUAUAGGCAUAGCCGAGUGUAGGACGGAGACCCGUGCUGACCGGCUUAGCGGCAGUGGGGGCACUGCAUAAGCAGCACUUUUGUUUGUAGUUUUAUUACUGUGUUUUAUUUUCCCUUUUUCUUUCGCCUUCUGUUUUCAUUAUUAUUUUUGAGCACUUGAAGGUGCACGGACUGGGAUACCUGUGUUGGUAACCCCGUGGUUCUGGAUUACUGUCGGCAGUAUCCAGACCAUGGACAACAGCGCCCUCUGCGGGCUAAACUAAAUAAAAUAAUAAAUAAGGAAAAUAAA